UGGUGGCAGUGAAAGGAAGUAGGUCGUAGAGAUGAGACGUUACGAGCUUUAUUCACUUAAAUUUCAUAACGUCACUACGAUAGGAUUUUCUAGCAAGGUAUACAAACUUUAGUUAACUGUAGCAAAAAAGUAUCUAUACUCAUAAUACUUCUUGACAGCAAUCCUGUUAUCAUCAGUAUUUUCAUGAUGUAUUUCUGUUUUCUGUUAUUUGUUUUUUUCAAUGCAGCUGUUCUUCUUACAUCGGAUUGUCACGAGUUGAGCAAGAGACAGGUUUCUCGAAGAGGUUCACAAAAUCGGAAUCAAAGGAGAAUUCCUAAUAGAAAUCAACUAGCUACAUCGACUAGAGACCCGGAUUAUUAUUACUACUAUUAUGACGAUUACUACGACGCAGAUUACCACGACCAUAUUAUCACCACCACCACCACCACGACUACUACCACAACGACAACACCACCACCUAGGCGACGGUUUCGAGGUCGCUUUCGUCGCCCUCGACGACGGUUCAGAGUAGGAGUUCGUGGAAACGAAAGGCUAAACAGAAGGCCGUUCAACAGAAGAAGGGGCAGGAGGCCCCUUUUAACUAGGCCCCCCGCAAACACCACAACUACUUCUACCACAACAACAACCCCUAUCCCCACCACCACUCGCAGAUACUACCCACCCAGGUAUGACGGUCGAUAUAUUGACUACCUAUCCGAUCCCAACCUUCCCAGAGAACUGAGCGGUGUCGACUUGAACGGGUAUCCUUUCUUCCCCAUCCUACCAGAAGACAUCAUUUUUGAGUGCAAUGACCGUCAUGACGGCUAUUAUGCUAGCGUUCCGCACAGAUGCCAGCUUUUCCAUUACUGUUUCGGAGGUCAAAGAUUUGACUUUCUCUGUCCUAAUUAUACACUUUACGAUCAGCAGACGUUCACAUGUAGAUUUGUAAACAAAGUCGACUGUGCUACAUCUGAACUGUUUUACUACAAAAACGACGCUCUCUAUGUGGAAACAACAACAUUAUCUGACGAAGACCAGAAAGAAAAAAAAGAUGAUGAUUACGAAUAUUAUUAUGAUGAUGAUGAUGAGUAAUAAUUUGUUUUGUUUUAAUUGCUUAAUCACAGAGUGAAAUUAAGAUCGACAGUCUUUAACCCUAAUGGGCUGCCUGUAAAAUUAUGUCCUACAAUAACACACUGAAAGAGAAUAUUACAUGUCGUUCGGAUUAAUUUUUAUCGUUUUAUUGUUUUAGUGUGGCACCUAAUAAAGCUAAUAUUCAUACAUCCUUCGCUUUCUCCACCACUGAAAUAUUAGUAACAUAAUUUGAAGCUAGUAUUAAUCAUCACAUCCAUGUCUAGUUAGUGUUUUAGAUGAGAAAACUGAAAAAAGACAUCCAAGUUUUCAUUUAUUGUGUUAAACCUAAAUAUACUAAAAACUGGUAAUGAGUACAAAAACUUGUAAUAUUUAGACGCAAAAAUUAAUUUCAGUGAUUAUUCGAAAACCUACGAAUUGUAACCUGGUAGAGAAAAAACUAACUAAAUUUUAACGUUUAAUUAUUUUUUUGUACUUAAUUCUUUCAAAAAGAUAGCUACAUUAAAUAGUAGUAGUACACUUUUUAUUGAUCUUUAAUUCACGCCGGUCAUCAAACUACAUAAGACUUGAAAGCAUUAGUCAAAUAUCAUGUUUAAUAAUUUUGUUAUUAUCAGCGUCCAUUUUCGCAAACUUGUGUAUCAACUCUGUAACUUUAUCGAACUAGAACCCAUAAAGUAAGCAUUUAAUUUAAGUAAUAAGGUUAAAAUCAGUUUAAAAACCGUUUUAAUAACCGUAAAAAGACAAUUCGACAGCUUUUUAACGUUUCCAAAACCUGCAUAAUAGAGAUAAACUUAAUAUUUUAUUUCACCACGUCAGAUAAUUAGGCAUUGCUCUGACUGGGAAACGAGAUAGCGUCCUUUGUAACAUUCCCUACAAAACUAAAUAGAAUUAUGCCCUAAUGAUGAAAUGACAGGGGAAGCUAAUACUCGUUGCUGAAUAUCUAUUUUUUGUCAGAAGUGGCUUUUAGACAAUUGAUUUAGAUCGACAGUGAUCUUCACCAUUUUAAAAUUGAAAGUACACAUGUUCUUUAUGCUUUAAGUAAUGAAAUUAAUUUGUUUUUCAACAAUUGCAGCUUACACUUUAUUAGAGAGAUUUAUAUGUUGUUGUUUUUUUUUAUGAACGAACCAGAAUUGUAUAGAACAAUGAUAAUAAUUACUAUGCCCGAAUAGUGGAUUCGGACAAGGACUUCCUCUUCAAAACUAUGGGUGUCCAACGCUGUUUGGUAGCAUUCAGCAAGUUCUAGGUAGAUUUAGCCAAGACCAAAAUCAAAUUACUGUUGUUGUCUAUGUUUGGUUAUGAAAUUAGGUGUGUAAAACGGUUUUAUGAUAUACUUCCAAUAUCAAUGUAUAACUCACACCUGUCGCUUA